AUGGACAUUUUAUUCAGUCAAUUAAAGAAUUUGCUAUUAAACAAAGAUAUAAACACACCGGCUCAACAUCCUUCCAAGCUACAGCCUUUGCAAUCAGAUCCGAUUAUAUCCAACUUGAUUUUUAGAUUCUGGUCUCGAAAAUCUCAACAACAAAAGUAUCUUAUCCUAUUACAAUUAGUUGCUUUAACAGGUAUUACCAUAUACAUUUUUUUGCCUUCUUUACCAUAUUAUAAUAAUAACCGUGGUAGCCAAAAGAUGUUUUCCAAGCGCCCUGAUAAAUAUACUACUGGGCUCAUCAAUUUGAGAAAUGACUGCUUUGCCAAUUCCUCGUUGCAGGCAUAUUCUUCAUUACCUUUGCUUACAGAGUAUCUCAAUAAUAUCAUUACAAGUUUUCAAAAACUAUCCAAAUUUAUCAAUCAACAUCAUUUGGAUUUGGACCAAUUGAUCAAACUAAGACUAGAACACAACAAAUCGUUACAAAACUCCAAAUUUGGCUCGUCAAAUUCCAAGUUUACCAUUCCACUACACAUUGCAAUGGCAUCAAUGGUUCAAAAACUACAAGAAACUCAAAUGACUUCGAAAACUAUUAGCGUAUGGACUUUUCUACACGAGUUGGAAAACAUCUUUAAAGCGAAAAUUUCAAAAAGCCAACAUGAUGCUCAUGAGCUUACUCAGCUUAUUAAUGAAACUUUGGAAAAUGAAAACUUGAAAUUGAAAAGCUUUCGUAAAUAUAUUUUGUUGAAUUUACAUCAUAUCGUACCAAAAGGUGUUCAGCCAACUCCACAGGAUUAUACUCAAUUGGAGUCAAUUCAUAUACCAGAAUUCCCAUUCGAUGGGCUAAUCUUGAAUCAAAUGACAUGUCUUUCAUGCCACGGAGUGUCAAAACCUAACUUCACACCAUUCGUAAUGUUGACCUUACCUACCCCUAUGACUUCACAAUGCGAUUUGGAAACACUAUUGCAUGAAAAUGAAAGCGAAGCAAUCGAGGGUUAUCAAUGCCUUAAAUGUCGUGUAUCUAAGAUUGUCGCAAAUGAAAACCUUAUUCUUCAAAGUCACCCAAGAAGAACAUUUGCAUCGCCUGAAGAGGAGGAUUUUAUUCGUCAAGUGUUCAAGCUACAUGAAUACCCCGAUCUUUACAUCAAUGAAGAUGUGUCUUUGCCUUUGGAAAAGUUUAUUAAAAACUAUAACGUGAAUGGAGUAGACAUUGCUAAAGUUACAUCAACAGUUUUCAAAAAAUCACAUAUUUUGAAACCACCAAAGAUAUUUGGACUUCAUUUGUCGAGGUCCUCGUUUGAUGGUCAAAAUGUUACGCGGAAUUCAUGUCGUGUUAAAUUUAAAGAUACAAUGACACUAUCUAUAGGUAAGGAAUAUCAUGAUAAAUUGAAAAAUUUCCAAUCAUAUGUUCAAGAUGAGGAAGCUCGAUUGCUUGAAAAAUUAACAUCAAAGGUGUUAACCACGGAUGAAAAUGAUAUGGAAGAUGAAGAUGUGCAAAGAGAGGAUUUUGAAGAAAAAGGAAAUGAAGAUGAUGAUGAUGAGGAGGAGGAGGAUGAUGAAGGUGAAGAAAAUGGGAGCGAUUUGACUGAUACUGGAAAUGAAACAGGAGUUGAGGAUGUAACUGAUUUUACCGGGGAUGAUGAUGAUGAUGAUGAUGAUGAUGAGAAUGAUCUCUCAUCUGUUCCUACUAACGAGUCCGCUCCACAAACUAUAACCACCUCUACAACAGUCAGGCCUAAUGAACUGGAAGUUACAUCUUUUGAACCACCACUUUCUUCUUCUACACAUGCAUUACCUAUAACUGACCAGCAAACAGAAAAUUUGAAGAAACAUUUCAAGAAAUUUAAAUUUAAUGAAAAUGACGUUUACAAAUAUAGAUUACGUGCUAUGAUAAAACAUUUUGGUUCUCAUACUCAAGGCCAUUAUGAGUGUUUCAAACACAAGCCAUUAUACGUCAAAAACAAAGAUGGUAAUAUUUUCAAGUUGUCGCCUGAAAUUAUGGAUUUAUCAGGAGAUAUUCACUGCGAUGUUAGUCCUGUGGGAUCAUUAGAAUCUAAGGAAGAAGGCCAAAAGAAUAGAAAACUUUCAUUACGCUCAUUAAACAACGGAACAUCGGAAGAUGAAGGAUUACGUCAUAAAUUCUCCAACUUAAUGGGCCGUCGACCUUCGGUCAUUCAAGCUAACCCAACAAAUGUUGAAGAGAUUUUACAAUCUGGAUUGCAAACACCUGCUGAGAUUUUAAUUGACGAUCCAAUGAAGGCGCAUAACAAUUUUGAUCAUGCUUUUGCUCAAGCACAGUUCAAAAACCCAUUCCAAAUCAAACAGCAGCAGCAGCAGAAGCAGCAGCAACAGCAGCAGAAGCAACAGAAGCAGCAACAACAACAACAACAACAACAACAACAACAACAACAUGAUCAACAGCAGCAGCAGCAGCAAACACCAAAUGGCUUUCACGGUGAUCAAUAUACAAGUGGACCUGAAAAAAAGGUCAAGAUGAAAAAAAUCAAUUCACUAAUUAAAUUUCCAUACUGGAGAAUUAGUGAUGCUCAAGUAAAUGAAGUGUCCCUUGCAAGCGUCUUGGCAGAAGAAACUACGGUAUACAUGCUAUACUAUGAAAGAGUUGAUAGGAAACAAAUAAAGAAAAGCCAUCGUGCUCAUUAA